UUGAAGUCCCCUCUCGCUCGGGCCGCACGGCUCGCUGAAACAUGCUGCUCAGCCGCUCACCGACUUUACGCACUCCAGUCGCUGGACGCGUUGUGUUACGCGGGCCGUAACUAAGUUGAAAUGAGAAUCACCGGACGACAGCGAUAACAUGGAAAAACAGCCCAUAUUACUAUCAUCGAAGCUCUUUCAGAAGCACAGACAGGUAGAAGUUGUUCUAAAUCGCAGCGUUUUGGUGUGGAAGGAAACUGAGAAGAGCAAGAAAAGAAGCUCUGGCAUCAGCAGCGUUUCUGAAACAGGAUAUGCCCACGCUGUCCAGGUGUGUGAUAUUGUGGCUGUCCACAAGACCAAAGACAAUAACCAAGACAUCACAGAGACCAGAAGGAGUCAGAGAAAAGCAAAACAACUCUACCAGCUGUAUCCCCACGCAUUCACAGUUUCCCACGUUAGAAGGACGAGGCAGCACCAGUGGCGAUGCAGUGAUGUCACUUUCCACUGUUCCAGUCAAGGAGUCUGUGAGGAGUGGAUCCAAAUUAUCAAUGAGCAGCUGUCAUUACUUACCAACCGACCAAAGAGCCUUCUGGUGUACAUCAAUCCCUAUGGGGGAAAGCGGCGCGGGAAGAGUAUUUACGAGCAGAAGGUGGCUCCACUGUUUGGCCGCGCCUGCAUCUCAGCCGACGUGAUUGUCACAGAGCGAGCUAAUCAUGCCAGGGACCACUUGAAAACAGAUGCCAAUCUAGAUAAAUAUGAUGGGGUGGUGUGUGUGGGUGGAGAUGGGAUGUUCAGUGAGAUCCUGCACGGGUUGGUCACCAGGACCCAAACAGACAAUGGUGUGGACCAGAACCAACCAGAUGUUGAGUUGGUGCCGUGUUCUCUGCGCAUAGGGAUCAUUCCUGCAGGGUCCACUGAUUGUAUCUGCUUUGCCACAGUGGGAACCAACGAUCCAGUUACUUCUGCUUUACACAUCAUUGUGGGUGAUUCCCAGCCAAUGGACGUUUGCUCAGUUCACCACAACGACAUCUUCCUCAGAUACUCCGUCUCGUUGCUUGGCUACGGUUUCUAUGGUGAUUUGCUGACAGACAGUGAGAGGAAGAGAUGGCUGGGUCCUUCCAGAUAUGACCUCUCAGGGGUAAAAACCUUUCUGAGUCACAACUACUAUGAAGGCACCAUCUCUUUUCUUCCUGCUGAGAAAAACAUGGGAACCCCUAGGGACAAGCUGCUGUGUCGAUCCGGGUGCGGCGUGUGUCAGCACAAGCCCUCAUCAAAGGACAACAAGCACUGGGAGAUGUCAGAGGAGAAGGGAAAGUCUGAUGAAGAUGGCAGUUGGAGUGUGAUCCGCGGAAAGUUUAUUGCCGUUAAUGCGGCCAGUAUGAGCUGUGCUUGUCCUCGCAGUCCAAAAGGCCUGUCACCAUCCGCUCACCUCGCUGACGGCACCACAGACCUAAUCCUCAUCAGGAAGUGUUCCCGUCUGGACUUCUUCAGGCACCUCCUUCGACAUACCAACAAAGAAGACCAGUUUGACCACUCAUUUGUGGAGGUCCACCGGGUACGGAAGUUUCGUUUCCAGCCGCAGCAAGAUGAGAUGGUUUCACUAGAAGACCUGAGUGAGAGUCCAAAGAAGACAGGCUUCAGUCCCAUAUACUCGGCCCCAACAACCUGCAACUACAGCACUGCCCACAGCAGCUGGACCUGCGAUGGGGAGAUCUUGCCUCACACUUCCAUCCAAGUCAGUGUCCAGUGCCAGUUGAUACGGCUGUUUGCCCGCGGUAUCGAGGAGGAGCAGCAGCAGCAGCAGCAGCAGUGUGUGUUUGAAGACCCUUGUACACUUUGGGCCCUGGAGCCAAGCUCACACUAGUUAGUGGACUGAGAGCUGGACUGGACAUUCAGCUGCUGGAAAACAAAAACCGAGUUGCACUUGGCAGGAUUUUACUGGAAAAAUACAUGCAUCUCAUCAGUGUAAAUCUCAAAUGUUCAAACGUUCCCUUUUUAGUGUGUUUGCUGUUGUUUGCUCCAUGCACAAGCAUGGACUGAAACCUAGAGGUAUGAUUUGAAAAAAAAAAAAAAAAAACACAAUGAAAAAAGAGAGAGGGGGAAAACUUUAAAGAGAAGAUACAUCUCAUAAUUUGUUGUUACUGAAGUCUGUAAAAUUUGGUUAUCUCUUACUUGCCGUUUGGGGCUGUUAUGUGUAAAAUUCCCUCAUGCAGCUUUAACAAACUUUAACAAACAAAUAUGAUAUGCCACACUAGUCCUAGUGCUGCUGCAUUCAAACCUCAGUUUCCUGUUUCUUUAAUCUGUACCUUAUGGAAAAUGAAGAUCGAAAGCUCAGAGGAUCUGAACCAGUCUUGGCGUUCACACAGAUGAAAAGCAACCAAACUGGACUGAGCUGGACUCAAUCGGAAGGUUUUUAUACCACCAUGAAGGAGAACUUUAAUAGGAUUUCUUCCUAUGUAGCAUAGCCAGGCAGCCGAGGAGAUACUGCUGUGUAAGGAUGAUGAAAAAAAUACCUGUGAAGCACGCUGAUAAACUGAAAAGACUUAGCCAGAGCUUCACCAAAAAAAAAAAACAAUAUAUGGAAUCUGAUCUUCUCUUUUUGGGGAAGAAAAACACAUUUUAUCUGUGACCCAGGUGAAAGCAGAUAUGAGCCAGGGGCACUAAUGAAAAGAGCUGAAUACCCUGCUAAUACACUAACAGGACCCCGGUGGCUUCUGGGUAAUAAGGCAAAGUGGUUGCUAAGUGAUUUGGUGUGUCUCAGCAGUGCUGUGGUGCACCUGUGUCUUUGAGCUCUGCUCCUCUCGGGCUAAAAAGUACCAACAGUUCACUCAACACCUGGGAUUAGAAAGAAUUAUACACUGUUAAGUUAAUUAGAGAAAAUCUAUUGUACGGGUCUGAAAUUAGCCUCGUUAGCUCGGUUUAGUUGUAGUUCAAGGUGAACCAUUCAAGAGAGAGCAGAGCAGCUUUUGCUUUUGAUGCUGUUUCUGCAUUGUUAAAACUGUGUUUAACAACAUACAUCUUAAUGCAUUCGUGUAAACUGUUUGUGUGUGUAAGAGUAAGUGUGUUUUCCCCCCAAUCUCUUAGGGAUGUUAGUGUUGUGUGUGAGAGUGUGUUUGUUAAUGUUGUUGCGCCUUGUGAAGGUGCCAAUAUGAGUUAGCUCUGUAGCAAUUAGCCUCAUGACUGUCAUUUUGCAGAUGUGCUCUUACUGCAGCCAACACACUGCUAACACAAGCACCUAUAGAUGAGCAAAGGCAGUUUCUCCCACUCUCACAAACAGUUUAUUUCUGUCUUUUUAUGUUAUAUCUCAUAUUCAAUGCCCUGCUGUAUGAAACAUGCUGCCACUCAACUUUUAACUCUAUGAAAUUCAGUUUUUCUCUUUGAUUCCUUUCCAACUCUGGUACUUGUGGAUGUGUAUAAUGUUUCACCUUCAGUUGUCACUUUUAUCAAAUUACAGAAAGACGUGUGAUGCUUUUAAAUCCUGUCACAAACACACAGUCUCAAGUGCACAUGCAGACACAAACUGUAGAAGUGAGGAUUGUUUGCAGUUAUGACCAACCACAUUUGAAAUGCUAAAGAAUUUACCAUUUUACGUCUGACAUUUCAAACAAUGUUGAACUGACAUUUGAGUUCCCUUCACUUUUGUCUUAGGAAAUAGAAAUGAUAUUGUACCUGGUGGAAGCUAGCAAGCCAGGAAAACCAGCCUCCAUCUAGGACUUCCACUCUGAACAUGGAAGCUAAUUAGCCUGCUAACAUUACACAUUAUCGAAAGAAAAGGUAGAUCCUGAAACAGCAUGAAUUUUAUUUGCUCAUUUCAGUUUGACUGUUCUGUUGAACAAAUAGACAAACAGUCUCUGAAGUGAGUGGAUAUGUGAUUUAUUUUGUGAAAGUUCUUAAUAAAUUUAUUUUGAAUUGUG